AACGCCAUUCAACUCUUAAUACAAUAACAGCAUUCAAUAUUAUAUGCUGAAUUGUUGUCUCUUAUUUUUGUAGUGCUCGCUGCGUACACACCUUGAGUAUCAGAAAGUGAAACAAACGAAAACGAAAACGUGCUAUACGAAUCCCAAAAUAUAUAGUACUAAAUUCAAGACACAAGCCAAGAAAAGACAAGAGAGACAAAAAAAAAACAAAGAAAAACUACAUUAAAUGACUUCAAAUUACUGUAACAGAAAGAACUGUUGAAUAGAUAUAUUUGUAAUUGGAAGACAGUGAAGUGAAGGUGUUUUAUUUGGAAGUUUUAGUAUUUUCUUACCGAAUUUAUUCGUGUUUUAAGCUUCUUCUCAACAUCCAUUUACCCAGAAAUAAAUGGAUCAGAUUUCUUUUAAUUGGCCAUUACAUUUGUGAAGAAUUUAAUUGUGUGAUACGGAUUGCGUGCGCGUGUGUCUGUCUGCAUGUGUUUAUGUGUGUGUAUCUUUUAUGUACCCUUUUUAUUGCAUUAAAUUUCGUUAACAAUCAACUAAAACUCAUCGUGAAACACCACAUUUGAACGACAGGACCAAAAAGAGGAGUGCGACGGCGGAAUGUUCAUAUUCAAAAUGAAGAUUGUUAUUCUAAUGCUUCUUUUGCUCAUAUUUUUGCCAAAAGAAUCAAAACAGCUGGAUAAAGUUCGAUCAAAGCGUGGUAAAGUGCCAAGAUCAUCUGACUUUAAAAUAAAAAAUGACGUUAAACAACACUUGGAAGCUGUUGAAGCUGAAUCGAUGCCAUUAGAGAUUCAAACAAACUUUCUAAGCGAAUCAGUGCGUAAAUACUUGGAACUAGGAAGAGCGAUUCCAGGAAGACCAGGUGCUGACUAUCCCAUUUUGCCAGCAAUUCCUUACACCAAUUUUUAUUGCGAUGAACAAAAGUAUCCAGGUUUUUUUGCUGAUACAGAAACCCGAUGCCAAGCCUGGCAUUACUGUGACAUCGAUGGUCGGCAAGCAACAUUCCUUUGUCCAAACGGAACCCAAUUCUCACAAGCCGUAUUCGUAUGCGAUUGGUGGUUCAAUGUUCGAUGUGAACUAUCACCACAUUUGUAUGAGAUUAAUGCGAGAUUAUAUCAGAAACCAACACCAAAUCCAACACAACCACACCGAAAUUUAAGAGAUAUAAUCGACAGUAUAUUUAAUUAAAAGUUACUACAACAGAAAAAUACAAUUGAAAUACAUAAUUUUUAAGUUAACUUAACAUUAUUUCAACUCCUCUCAUCCAUAGAACAAAAUAAAGUUACGAAUUAUAGACAACACAAUAAA